GUUGACAAUUACUUUUAUUGUCAAAGGUGUAAUCUAAAAUGCCAGCUGUGCAGGCACAUCCAAAAGGAUGAAUUUGAAAAUAGACCAUGUAAACAAAAUUGCUGAGUAAAUUACUAAUAGUAAAAUAGUUGUGCCAUUGUUUAGUACAAAGAAUUUUCAGAUAAUUUAAAAAUGGCGAGAAUACGUUGGUUAACUAGGACCUCCAGGAUAGUGGCACUAUGCAGUUUUGCAAAUUUUAUAAACAGUGCCGAUAGAGUAAUAAUGCCCAUAGCUAUUGUACCAAUGACCGAUAUUUUUGGCUGGUCCUUACAUGCUCAAGGGUGGAUUCUAUCAGCAUUUGCAUUUGGUUACUUUACUAGUCAGUUAUUGGGAAGUUUUUGGGCAACUCAAGUGGGAGCAAAGAAUGUAUUAAUUUGCAGUGUGCUGUUAUGGAGUAUUGCAACAUUCACAACACCAUUUCUAGCUGGAAGUCUUGUAUCUCUUAUUGCUUGUAGGAUAAUACUUGGAUUUGCAGAAGGAUUAGGAUUACCCACAAUAUUCCAUCUGUUUGCUCAUAACAUACCAGUAGAAGAACGAUCGAGAGCCUUUUCAUACCUCUUGGCAUCAGGAUCUGUCGGCCAAACAGUUGCUUCUGUAGUAUGUCCACACUUAUCGUGGGAAGCAUGUUUUUACUGGUUUGGGUCCUUCGGAUUCCUCUGGAUCGUUCUGUGGCACUGUUUUUAUCCUGAAGACGGCUUUAGCAGUGAAGAAACUUUACCGUUACAUAUGCCAAAGGUGAUAUCACACAAUAUCCGCUGGGCCGAUUUCAUAUUUAGUAAACCGUUGUGGGCGAUAUAUACGGCCCAUUUUGCAAUGAACUGGUCGUCGUACAUUAUAAUGCAGUGGUUACCAACAUAUUUAUCCAGAUACUUAGGGGGUAAUGCUCAUAGUUUAAGUUUAACUGCGGUACCAUACAUUGUGAACUCUAUAUUUGGUGUAAUAAGUGGGCAUGUAGCUGAUGGGUUACUUGGAAAUAAGAGUUGGUCUGUUUUAAAUGUAAGAAGACUUAUGACAAGUAUAGGACUGAUUGGACCAGCUUUGUUUCUAGCAAUUUUCUGUGUCGUUGAUCACUUGGCGUUCGCUCUCAUUCUCGUUAGUAUAUCCAUGGGUCUUUCUGCCAGUAAUUCGGCGGGGCAUUUAAGUAAUCACGUAGACAUUGCUCCAAAUUACGCGGGGACAACAUUCGCUAUAAGUAAUACCAUUGCAACUAUUCCGGGAAUACUUUGUGGACCAGUAACAGCGAGCUUAGUGACUUACUCAAACGGAAAGUGGAUGUCUGUAUUUCUUGGUGCUACAUUCAUAAACCUGACUGGUGCUUUUAUAUACUUUACAAACAGUGUUGCUACUCAAGUUCUUUGAAUAAUUUGAGAAUGUAUAAAAUGUAUUUAUUUAGGUUAAGAAAGAAAUACAUAUUGUUUUUAGAAAUUA